UUAUAUGAAUUAUUAUUAUAAUCAAGCAAGUAGAAGUUAAGACUGCAGCACAAAUAAAGUAAAGAUUAGAUGACAGCGGAUACGCGCAUUUUCUUUUUCUUUAAAAAGCUCGCCCUUUCUUUCUUCAUCUCUCUCUCUUCAACAUUCAAAAAUUCCGAUUCUCUCUCAGUUUGAUUUCUCUAGUGGUCUUGGUUCUUGUAUCCGGAUCAAUAGUUGAAAAUGCCGGAUAUCCAGUUGGGUGCUCACACUGUAAAAUCCCAUGGAAUCCAAAUUGCGAGGACACAUAUGCAUGACUGGUUAAUUCUAUUGCUUCUCGUGGUUAUUGAGGUCGUUUUGAACGUUAUAGAACCAUUUCACCGCUUUGUUGGAAAGGAUAUGCUGACAGACCUGUCAUACCCACUGCAGGACAAUACUGUUCCUAUUUGGGCUGUUCCAAUUGUUGCAAUAUUGCUGCCCAUGGCUAUCAUUCUCGUGUAUUAUUUCAUAAGAAGGAAUGUCUACGAUAUGCACCAUGCCAUUCUGGGCCUUCUGUUUUCUGUGCUUAUCACUGGAGUUAUAACUGAUGCAAUUAAAGAUGCUGUUGGUCGACCUCGUCCAGACUUCUUUUGGCGAUGUUUCCCUGAUGGAAAAGGGGUGUUUCACCCUGUCACAAGCGAUGUUAUGUGUACUGGAGUGAAGAGUGUCAUCAAGGAAGGUCAUAAAAGCUUCCCAAGUGGACAUACUUCUUGGUCCUUUGCAGGUCUUGGGUUCCUGGCCUUGUACUUGUCUGGGAAAGUCAGAGUGUUUGACCGCAGGGGCCAUGUUGCAAAGCUUUGUAUUGUUUUCCUUCCAUUGCUUGUUGCUGCUUUGGUAGCAGUUUCUCGGGUUGAUGACUACUGGCAUCAUUGGCAAGAUGUAUUUGCUGGGGCCCUUAUAGGGCUAACAGUUGCUUCAUUUUGCUACUUGCAAUUCUUCCCACCCCCAUAUGAUGUCGAUGUGCUCUUAUUGCGAGAUUCAGCUAUCAACUCUCAUGAUGUAUUUGGAAGCCCUUGUCCAUCUUCAGAGAAAUAAAGAGACUUGCUCGUGACUGUACAGUAAAAUAAAGAGAAAAACAGGAAUACUAUUCACUUUUUAAUAAGAGGCUGAAAUGUUGAAAGCAUUCCUUUGUUUCCUGUAUCCAGCACAACUUCAAACAACUCACCUGAUGAAAUCAUGAUACAAAAUCACGUCUGUUUCUCAUAACUUUGAAUCUGGUUGUACAGUGAAGACUUGCUGGUGGUGACAACACUCAUUGUUUAGACUCUUGUUGUCUACUGCCUUACUGGGUCACAGCAAGAGCCUAUUUGAAUGUUCGCGCAGCAUCAAAAGUGCAUGCUAUACAUUUUGUAUUAGUAGUUGAAACUGUCUGGCAGGAAUUUCUCAUGUCAUUUAUUGAAUG